AUGUCAACAAAUAAGAAAUAUUCUGUCAAACUGGCGACCUCAAACCCUCCACAACUUCAGUCGACUUUCCCAAUAACAACAACACCUCGAAAACGGUCGCCACGUUCGCGUAUAACCACACCUACACGUUCAGGACUGACUUCACCUUAUCGUGCAAAGUCGGUUAGCGGUUCACCUAAAACCUCUAACGUUUCACAGUGUGAUUUGACCAAAGUAUUCAAAUCGUGUAAAAAGAAAAGUCCUAAGAGUAUCAUCAAAAGAGAGGUUUUAAAAUUGGAUGUGGUCGCAAACGAUUGGACUGGUGCAGCUACUCCAUCGAAGGGGAAAAAGAACAAACCUCAGCUUGAUCGAUUCAUUCCAGUACAUGAAAUUAUGGGAGAUCUAUCAGAGCAAUUAAAAAUUCCCCAAAGAGAGACUGGAAGGGAAUACUUGAACAGUCAUGAAUUUGAAUAUCAGGAAAAAUUGGCGGAAGCAUGUGGUGUUGCUCUUGAAAAACGUAUUUUGGCAUUUAAACCCGAACCCCCUUCAAGUCAGAAAGAAGAUUUACGUCAAUUGUAUAACCGUCCAACAAAACCAAAUGCAUCAGUUCAAUUUAAAAGACGUAUCUUGACAUCACCGGAACGUGUCCUUGAUGCGCCAGGUUUGUUGGAUGAUUAUUAUUUGAAUUUAUUAGAUUGGAAUAUAAAGAACAUGGUCGCUAUUGGAUUAGAUCAAUGUGUUUAUAUUUGGAACGCUGACACGGGUAAUGUAACGAGUCUUGAACGGACUGGUCCAAGUGAUUACAUUGCUAGUUUAUCAUGGUCAGGUAAUGGUGAUUAUUUAGCUGUAGGAACAAGUGAUGGUGACAUUCAAAUCUGGGAUGUUUUAAAAGAGCAAAAAAUUCGAUCAAUGAUGGGACAUACAGCACGCGUAGGGGUGCUAACAUGGAACAAACAUAUUAUUUCUUCGGGGUGUAAAGAUGGACAAAUUUGGAAUCAUGAUAUCAGGAUUGCUCAUCAUAAGGUAGCUGAAUUGAUUGACCAUACUAGUGAAGUUUGUGGAUUAAAAUGGCACUACAAUGGCGAUCAAUUGGCAAGUGGAGGCAAUGACAAUCGAGUGAAUAUCUGGGAUUCAAGAUCUAGUACUCCAAAAUUAACGAAGAACAAUCAUGUUGCUGCUGUAAAGGCUUUAGCGUGGUGUCCAUGGCAAAGUCAUCUUCUUGCUACUGGUGGAGGUUCAUAUGAUCGUCAUAUUCAUUUCUGGAAUGUGAACUCUGGAGCCCGCGUAAAAUCUAUCGAUACAGGAUCUCAAGUGACUUCACUCAUUUGGUCCAAAGAUUUUAAAGAACUUUUAUCAACCCAUGGAUUUCCGAAUCAUAAUAUGGCGAUUUGGUCUUAUCCUACUUUGAAUAAAGUUGCCGACAUUCCAGCACAUGAAUCCCGUAUUUUGCAUUCGGCAAUCAGUCCCGAUAAACAAGUAGUUUCCACGGCAGCAAGCGAUGAAAAUUUGAAAUUUUGGAGGGUAUUUCAAAGUGAAAAGAAAAGUGACAAGUCCAAAAAUGGUGAUAAGGAGAACGUUGGAACUGUCUUUGAUGGAUUAACAAUUCGCUAA